CGACGCUUGCAUAAUGAAAAUCUGGACGUCCGAACAUGUCUUCAACCAUCCAUGGGAGACGGUCACACAGGCCGCCUGGCGCAAAUAUCCAAAUCCAAUGACACCAUCGAUAAUUGGUACCGAUGUCGUCGAACGUAGAGUGGUAAAUGGAGUUCUACACACACAUCGUCUCGUUCAGUCAAAAUGGUAUUUCCCGAAGUGGACGCACGCGCUGAUUGGCACGGCGAAGACUUGCUUCGCCAGCGAACGUUCCACAGUGGAUCCGCAGCGCAAACAGAUGGUCUUAAAGACAAAUAACUUAACAUUUUGCCGCAAUAUUAGCGUUGACGAGGUUCUCUACUAUGAGCCACAUCCGGGCGAUUCAACCAAAACCCUGCUUAAGCAGGAGGCAACAGUAACUGUCUAUGGAGUGCCUCUCUCACACUAUAUGGAAGAUUUGCUAGCUAAUACAAUAAGCUCAAAUGCAGGCAAGGGCCGUCAGGGCCUUGAAUGGGUCAUUGGCCUGAUCAAUACGGAGGUGAAAAGCAUUGCUGAUUCGGCUGCACGGGGCACAGAUGAAUUGAUACACAGUACGCGACGUUCCAUUGACGAAGUCACAGAGAGUGCGCGAAAGAGUAUGGAUGAGAUUGGUGCACAGGCAGCCAAAGCGGCGAAAGCGAUGCACAUAACAUAAAUGUUAUUGAUAUCGAGCAUAGAUAACUAUUUAUCUAUCGUGCACCAUAUUUGUAAGUGGGUGCCGUUAUUUUCGACGUAGUGAAUAGGAAAUUAACGUUGUAGGCGCAUCGUCGGGUACGCUGCUUUGUCGUAGUACAACAAAAAUAAACAAACAACCAUAAAAUAAUCGAACGAACAUUAAAACACAUAAAACAAAAUAUUAAUUCAAUUCAACAUAAUCUUCUCUUUGCAAAAUAGCAAACGAAAUAUUUGAUUCGUCUGCUUUGAUAUAUUUUUUAAAUUCAAAUUUAAAAAAAAAGAAAAACUACAAAAAAAAAAAAAGAAACCUUUUCCAUAUGAUUGCUGAAAGUUGCUGUGAUUGGUAGAUACGAGGGUCAGAUAGUUAACGUAACCCACACAAUAACCUCCCUACCAAUAUCAACAGAUGAAGCGACAUCAACAACAGAGAGAGCAGCAAAGUAGCAAAAGUUAUUUAUUCAUAAAUAAAAACCAAAAUAUAGUUUGUAAUAAAUGCAACAAAUUAAAAAAAGCCUGAAAAAAAAAUAAUAAAAAGCGAGCACGAAUAAUAAUUCAAGAAACGCUCUAAGAAAACUAUUCAAA